AUGCUACCGGCUUGUCCACCUCCACCGCCGUCGGCUGCAUACAAUCCUCAGGCUUCAGUCACCAGCAGUGGCGCUAUCGCGGGCUACGCCGCUUCAGUGUCCGCUUUGGAGCAGCGGCGUCGGAUGGCAGAGCUGGAUGCUGCUAGGCGGCUCAACCGCGGGGCGCAGUGGCGCAACGAGCUACUUGGCCCAUCCGCAGCUGACCUAGGGAGCUUCAGCGCUGCUCCGUCCUCCGCACAAGCGAAGAGUGCGCCUUCCACCUCUGCUGACGCUGGCAAGUUCGGCAACUCCAUCGCUGCAGCACUUCACCUACGCCAAGAAGAGAAAGAAAAGACGUUGCUGAAGCGCCUGCAACAGCAGCGCAAAGCUGAGGAGGAGAGUGGCGGCAGUCAGGCAUUAGCAGAGAAGGACAUGGAGGUGGGCGUCUUUGUGACAGCCUCCUACAAGGCACUGCUGCAGCGCAACCUUCACCCAACAGAGAAGAGCAGGGGUGGUGAGGGCGCACAGCCCGCCAAGAAGGGUAAUGGUGCUGACGAUGAAGGUAGCAGCGACGACGACGGCCCGCUGGCGGCGUACUUGCGGCAGCUCGAGAGCACACGCGAACCUGCCACCGUCACGAAUGACGCGUCGCCAUCUGCGAGUCGGUCUACCACCGGCGAUUACUACGAGCGCGUCAUGAAAGCACCACUGCUGGAUGAGAAAAACGCGUCAGGCACAGCCGUUGCGAUGACGGGGUCGGUCGGCGACGCUAGCGGUUUCUCGGAAGGCGCACCAGAAAUAACUCCGUCAGUGGAGGGCAGCGAUACCGCUUCACUUGCUGCGCCGACGCUCAAUGAACGUCAAGACCGCAUCGAACACGCAGCUGUUGGUCCGUCGUCGACCCCAGGAUCACUGGUUGUGCCGCAGGCUGAGGCGGAGAAGGUGAAGGGCACCGUGAAGCUUGCUCCUGCUGCUGAAACGGAAGCCGAUGACGUCCACAGCGCCGUGCUCGCUCACGCACAACUGCUGUUCGACAUGCGUCAAGCCAAGAGUCGCCGCGGCGCGAAUCCCGCCACCCUUGUCGCCGCCGCGCGUCGCUGUGAUGAGCGAAUAGGCGCCUCUCUCUCCGCCUCGUUGUCUUAA